AUGAAAAGAAAGAUCUCCAAGAAGAGAAAGAACCGAUCAAAGAGCUCUGAAAGUUUGAAGAAAUCCUCCUUACCACAAGAACCCAUCCAGGCAGAGCAACUCAACACGAGCUUGACACAAGAACCUGCUGCGAUGGAGAAGGGUGCUCAAGGAUCUCGAGCUCUGGAUGACCACUUAAGUCUCCCACAUGAACCUGGCGUGCCAGAAGAGAUGAGAGAAGUGGUCACUGAACCGAAUGUUGAAACAACCCUCCCACAAGAACCUACCCGAACAGAGCAGAUGGCUCCUAUUCUGACACAAGAACCUGUCAGGGUAGACGAGGAUGAAAUUGCACCACAUCCUUCGAGUCACUUAAGUUUCCCACAAGAACCUGGUCAGCCAGCUGAGACGAGAGAAGUGACUCCUCCAAUUAAAUCGAAUCCGAAAGAAGAUCUACCCGAGCCUGAAGUCUUACAAGAAUCGGUCAUACCCGAGAACUCUCAAGCGAUUGUAUCUGUACCCGAAGCUGUCCCAAUUCCCCCAUCAAAAGAUCAAAUGCUUCGAGAAUCCAUUGAGAACAACUUCAACAGGGUCAUGCAAAGGCAGAAAUGGCGAACUUCUCCAUUACAAACUUUUCUUGAAACGUUUGAAGAGAUGAAGGAUGAAGAAGAGUUUGCUCUAGAGUGGAUCGGCACCAAAGACGUUUAUGAAGCGCUGCGUCUUGAAACCAUCAAACGUGUGUACUCCUACAAAGUGACCCAUCGCACUCUCGGGAAAGAAAAAGUGCCCAUUUACAUUGAGCUAAACAAGCCGCCAUUGGAUCCAGCCUUCGUGGAAGAAAUGAAAGAAUUUCGAUAUGCUCUCUUCCUCUCAAAAGUCAAGACAGAGUUAGAACGAACUCAUCAGAACGAUCCAGCAUGCAAUGUCAGUGGACUAAAAGAUGACGAAGGAAAGGAGAUUGAACAUGAAGACGAAAGCACAUCCGAAAACGAGACCAGUGAAGCAAACUCUGAUUCAGACAAUGGCACUGAUGAAAAUCCUGAAAAUGAAGAAGAUGAUGAAGAUGAAGAUGAAAAAUCAGGUGAUGAGCAGGAUGACUCUCAUGGCGAUGGUGGAGAUGAUGAUGAUGAUGAUGAAGGAAAAGCUGAUAACAAUAAUCUUGGUGAUGAUGGUUCAGAUGACGAUGAUAAUGAUGAUGGCAAUUCAGAUUAUGAUAGUGAAUCUCCUAUCAUAGGCAACACCGAAGAUAUACCUGAACGAUCACCUGCCCCUAGCUCAUCCCCACCAAAGGAAUGCCCAACUCGUGAGUUACCUCUCGCCAUGCUACCUCCUCUCCCAGAUACAGCUCGUGAUGACAACAUGGAUGCAUCACCGCGUGAUGAAAAUCGGGAAGCAUCACGUCAUGCGCUUGACCAAGAGCCUGGCAUGGACUACCUUAGUCCCGAGCACAUCAUGCACCAAAUGCUAAAUACAGUCUUCAAUGCUGAACUCAUUCAUAAGCAAUAUCUGCAUCACAGAGAAAAAGAUAGCCGAAACAUAGCAGAUCUAUCUGCCAAAGUCGACCGCAUGAUGCAAACAAUGUCUCGUCCACAACCCAACACCUCAAUUCCGGAUACUCAAGAUAGGCUUGCACACGAACUCAGUCAACAACGAGCUAUCCUUGACAAAAUUGCUAAGGAACAACAUGCUCUUAAACUUGCUCACUUCGGUCUCAAAGAAUGA